GCAGUCUCAUCGCCUUACUAGUCCGCUCAUCUCCCCGGUUUAGCCGCCCACCCUCCAGAUGAGUUCUCUCACUCUUUCCACCCAGCGGCACCAUGUCAAUCCAUAACAUCACCCCGUCAUUUCUGCCAGAAAGAACAUCUUCACAUCGACAAGUUCCAGACUAAAUGUCUUCCUCCGUCUGCCAUGGCAUGCACAACGGCAUAAUCCAGAACGUGAAAGCGGAUCUGCCAUGCGGGGUCACGAAUGCCACACAUCCCCACGUAACCUGCUGCGUGAACGGCGACUACUGCCUCAGCAACUCCAUCUGUGUCAACACCCACCAAAACAGCGGUGAUUAUUAUUAUGCUGCCGACUGCACAGACGAGACAUUGGCCGAUCCCGUCUGUGGGACGCGCUGUGGAGGUCGCAACAACGCGCGCAUCACAUACACCAAGGAAGGAUACUGGGCAUGCUGCGAGGACGCAUCGGGCACAGUGGACUGCUCCAACCCCUCCGAGGAGAAGUUCCCCGGCCCAGCGCCUUCGCAGCUCGCGACCAUCCAGUAUCUCCCCUUCACAGCAUCGGGCACCCCGACGUACGCGGUCGCAUCAGCCACCAGCUCCCCCCACUCAUCGACACAACCACACACAACUAGCUCGACGGGUAUUGGGGCAGGUGCUGCCGCUGGGAUCGGGGUGGGGUCAGCUGCCGGGGUGAUUGCGGUCGCUGCCGUCAUCGCGUUUAUGUGCUUUCGCAGGCGAAAGUCCUCCCCGGACGGUGUGCAUGGCUACCACGGGAUAAGUGAGACGGUUUGGAGACAGCAGCCGAGUGAGAUGCAGGCGCAGCAGCCCAUUUAUGAGCUGGAUAGGGAUGUUCGUCAUGUGGAACUGGAGGCGCAGCCGAAAGCGGUAUAAUACAUUUGGACUGUACAGGGGUUGAACCUUGAAAAGGGGAUGUGUUUCUCAAUUUAUAUAUGAAUCACUGGCGUUCAUGGGAAUGUGGUAUAUUAUAGGCUUGUUGAAUAAACCAAUCCAAGUCAGCCACUGGGAGAUAGUAAAGGGGAUAAACUCUUUAAACCCGAUGAGCGCCUUGGACUACAAAAGCAGGAU